GAGUACUUUCUCCUUGAGCGCCACAUCGAGCAGGCUCUGGCCGUGAUGUGGUCACUCGUCACGACCUGGUUGUUUGUUGCAGCCGUCACGGCCUACUCGGACCUCAGAGCCACGCCCUGUAUGAGCGACUACUUGAUAAACAAGAUCCCCGAAAACCGUUCGGUGUGGUCCGGGGAGAUACAGAUGGUCAUGGAAUGUUCCCGUGGCUACGACCUGCCGCUCAACGCUCCGCCAGAGGGCGUCUUCCGCUGUAGCCCAGAUCGGUUGCCAUGGAAACCGAGCUUCAUCCCAGACUGUAACAAGGAGCACGUUCCACGUUUUCUUAACCUUGUCCUCGGCCUUCCAAUGAGCGUAGAUCGGUGUGAGAAGGUGGUGUCAGGGAGGCGCUCCGCUCCGGUCUCCACAAACCUCGGAUUCUUGAGCAAUGCUGACGACAUCAGCAGCCUAUGUGACGACAGUGGCGUCCUCGGGGGUUCCUGCCUAGUGAGGAACGUCACUGGAUUCUGCAGCGGUCCCCCCAGACGGGCAAGUCAGGACACGGACUUCUGGGCGCAAGAACUGGGUCUCGGGUCGAGCUUUUUACUGAUAGUUCUCCGGACAGCCUACAACACGAGAGUAUCCCUCCACAAGUACAUGACAGCCAAAGACAAAGUUGCGAAAGCCCUUCGCGCCAAAGUGGGCCAACAAGGUGGACAGACAUCAGACAAUAUCGAGUCCCUGCUCAAAGCUGAAUGCCCGAAGGGGUCCCUGGGUGUAGAGAGAACCGAAUCCGACAAAAAGAUUGUCUGUCGUGGCUGCUCCCUAGGCCACCGACUAGACCCCAGACUCAAGCAGUGCGUGCCGUGUCCGGGCGGUCUCUACCAGGACGAGCCGCUGAGUGAGAACUGCAAAGUCUGCCCCGCCCUCUUUGGCAUGCUGAACGAGACACUGUGGGCGGAGAUCAAGAUCAAGGUCCGUGGCGGAGUGUUCUCCAUGACGUACUGCCCGAGCCUGGAGAAGCGAGAGGACGGCAGUGUGUCCCUGGUCAUGCCUAGAAAAAAGAUCGGGGUGCUUGGGGAGGGGAACGAGGAGUCUCUUUCCAGCUUGCUGGAGGGGAGCAGGACACACG